AUGAUAGCGCCCGCUGUGGCUGCCACCGACCUCCCCACGUGUGCCCCCAUUGGGCUGUGUUUGGUGUCGCAAGACAUUGAGGUUAUGGAGCUACAGUUCUACCAGCCUGUUGAGAAAUACGGUAUUCAGAAAAGUGUUGUUCUGAAACGAAAGCUGAAAGAGCCUUGCUCCCAGUGUUUUGGGAGACUCAGACUGAAGUUGGGUAAGUAUGCGGGCGUUCUCUCAGCAACUGGUCAGAACGGACAAAUAUUAUAUGCCGACGCGGUUCCUGGUGAGACGAACGAGCUGUGUCCGCAACUGGAUGUUCUGAUGUCAGAAUGCGAGGAGAUCCGGACGGAGAUUGCUUCCUGGAAGGUCAUUCAGAAUGUGGUGCCGCCUGGUGUUACGUUCAGCAUCCCCCAGUGCUUGUUCAGAAAUCAUCCGGCCAUUGUCUGCACCCCUUACUACUCGCAUAUGCAUGAUUUGGUGGCUGAGUGGUACUGCUUGAGUCGUGAAGAAACGCUCAAGCUAUACCCGCCUGAACUGGGCAACAGACUGCCGAAAACCAUCGAUGUACGUCUGCCUCAAUACUCGUCGACUGUUAAGCUGGGAGAGAGGGACCCUUCAGAAUUCGGGCGUCUGGUUGGGACCGGUCUUAUAUGGGAUGUGGCCAAGGACCUUGCAAUAGGCAGCAAUAUUGUCGUAAAGAUUAAACCGAGAGAGGAUUUGGGUAUAGACUCCUGGUUCGGAAUUACAAUAUGUGAUCACACAGUACUGGAUGACCCACCGCGUUCUGAGUGGGUUGAGGAUCGGUUGCGAUCGAUUAUUCCCCGGGUCGUCAACGGAGACCACACUAUUCGAGUGUGCUCAUGGAACAUUUUGGCGCCUGUAUAUGCAGCCACCUCUUUUGCUAAGGAGGAGAUGUUCCCUUUCUGCGCCGAAGAGGCUAUAUCAUAUGACUACAGAAAGCCGUUGAUUGCGCGGCACUUGGGCCUGAUGAAGGCUGAUGUGUUCUGCUUCCAGGAGGUGGGCGUGGAGGUGUUCCACUCUCUAUUGGUGCCUUAUUUAGAUGGCCACGAAGGAAGGUUUUUUGAGAAGAAGUCUAAGGCCGAGGAGGGUCUAGCUAUCUUUGUGAGACGAGAUCGUUUCCGGAUCUGUGAACAACAGCUAUUUACAUUCAAGAAGCAGUUUGUAACUAAUCCGGAGUACAGAGACAUAUGUGAGUCUUGUGAUCGAUUAUGGGGCGGCGACUUCACCGGGCGAGUCUUGGAGAGAAUGAGUUCGGUGGUGGGAGCCUUACGAGUUAUCGACACAGUCACCAAGAGGGACAUGGUGAUAGUAAACAGCCACUUUUAUUGGCAUCCAAUGGGUAGUCACAUUCGAGCUCUGCAGGCCUACUUUGCCGUUAACGAAGCUCUGAAAAUGACGAAGGAGCGCGGCUCGUUGAUUGUAGCAGGCGAUAUGAAUGCCGACAACGGUACGGCUGCAAUCGACUUGCUGCAGAAAGGCUACGUCGGACCAAACCAUCCGAGCUGGGCUCAGGCGGUUAGCUUCAAGUACGGUGGUUUCAGUGCCUCGGAAGACAACGGCCUUCCAGCCGAAACGUCAGACCCCACGUUCUUGCCCCAAGGGCCCGCCCUGGCAUUGCCCAAAGACCGAUUAUUGGCUUCUGCUCAGCUGGAACCUUUGGAGUUCACCAAUAACAUCGGGGUAUUCAAAGCAGUACUCGAUUGGAUCUUUUCCACAGAAGAGAGUCUUUGGUCGCUAAAGGGAGUGCCUGUAACCACCAUCGACACUCACGACCCCAGCAGCUUUUCCCAGCGAUCACAUACCGCUUUUGGUCGAAUUAAAAACUCCGAAAAAAUGACCGGCGCCGUGGCAGCGUACUAUGCAUCAAAGAUUGAACAAUUGCGGCAAGUCAUUGCGGAGAAGAUGAGCGAAACGCGCCGGCUUGAGGCCCAACGCAAUGAGCUCAACUUGAAAGUGCGAGAGCUUAAGGAAGAAGUAAGCGGACUACUCGAGCCUGCCAGCCACAUCGGAGAGGUCGUGAAACCCAUGGGAAAGGAGAAGGUUCUGGUCAAGGUAAGCAGGACUGGGUGGGUGUAUACACCCUAG